AUGUCAAGCUAUUACAAACUACAUCUUCACAAUGUCAAGCUAUUACCAACUUCAUCUUCACAAUGUCAAGCUAUUACAAACUUCAUCUUCACAAUGUCAAGCUAUUACAGACUUCAUCUUCACAAUGUCAAGCUAUUACCAACUUCAUCUUCACAAUGUCAAGCUAUUACAAACUACAUCUUCACAAUGUCAAGCUAUUACCAACUUCAUCUUCACAAUGUCAAGCUAUUACAAACUUCAUCUUCACAAUGUCAAGCUAUGACAGACUUCAUCUUCACAAUGUCAAGCUAUUACAGACUUCAUCUUCACAAUGUCAAGCUAUUACAAACUACAUCUUCACAAUUUCAAGCUAUUAGAGACUUCAUCUUCACAAUGUCAAGCUAUUACCAACUUCAUCUUCACAAUGUCAAGCUAUUACAAACUUCAUCUUCACAAUGUCAAGCUAUUACAGACUUCAUCUUCACAAUGUCAAGCUAUUACCAACUUCAUCUUCACAAUGUCAAGCUAUUACAAACUACAUCUUCACAAUGUCAAGCUAUUACCAACUUCAUCUUCACAAUGUCAAGCUAUUACAAACUUCAUCUUCACAAUGUCAAGCUAUGA